CGGGUUCGCGCUGAGGGGCGGCCCCGCCGGGCCCGCUCGGUUGCCACAGCGACCGCGACGCCGCGGCCAUGUCGGACCUGGGCUCCGAGGAGGGCUCCGAGGCCGGGGAGGCCGCGCAGGGCAUCGGGGAGUAUGAAGGCGAUCGCAAUUCCGAAGGGCAGCGGCAUGGAUUUGGGAAGGCCCUGCUCCCCAAUGGUGACACUUACGAGGGGCAAUACGAGCGUGGUUUGAGGAGUGGAACUGGGACCUACAGGUUUAAAAACGGUGCUAUCUACACUGGGAGCUACCUUCAAAACAAAAAGCAUGGCAAAGGUGUAUUUUUUUAUCCAGAUGGAUCAAAAUAUGCAGGAGACUGGGCAGAUGACCAGAGACAGGGCUACGGAGAAUAUACGUAUGCAAAUGGAGACACCUAUACUGGAGAAUGGGCUAACAACAAGAGGCAUGGGCAAGGCACAUAUGUCUAUAAAGACACAGGAUCUAAGUAUGUUGGUUGUUGGGUAAAUGGAAUCCAGGAUGGCCCAGCUGAACUUAUCCACCUAAAGUACAGAUUUAAGGGCAGGUUUCUCAAUGGAAAGCCUUUAGGUCGUGGCAAAUUCAUCUUUGAUAUUGGAUGUGAGCAGCAUGGUGAAUACAUACAACCAAUGCAGGAAAAAGCGGACGAAGAAGAGGAGGAACCAGCACCAUUACCUGUUGAACCAACAUGGAAAGCAUUAGAAAUUACCAAAUUAACACCCUGGACUCCCCAUUCUGAGGAGCUACUGUCCUCCAAUACUGGAGCAGCAGAGGCAGCAGUCACUGAGGAGGGUGAAGAUCAUGAGCCCUCCAGUGAAGUUCUUGACCCAGCAAGCGAUGCAGAAGGGGAAGGUGAGGAAAGGGAGGAAGAAGAAAACGAAGGUCAGGAGGAUACAGAAAUUACUGGUGGAUGAACCAGAGGAAACAGAGGAAUUGGGUACAACUAAAGGAAAAGACUCCAAAACUGAAAUUUCAAAGUAGAUGAUUUAGUGUGGUAAGCCUGCCAUAUUUUUAUUUGUAAAAGAGUGUGUUAAUAUGCUUUGAGUAAACAUUUCUGUCAGUG